UAACAUAAACCAACAGCAGGGUUGCUUGGUUGUACUCGCGAUUUGUUCCUACAAAUCAGCAAAACUGUUCUGCAAUGCGGAACUUUUUGGCAUAAAUCAAAUGCAACUAUAAUUUGUAUUGGUUUGGUUUGACUGGAAAUCGGUCCUCCAAUUAUAAUUGCAGCAAAAUAAAAUAAUGUAUCAGUUUCCCUUAGUUUAAAAUAGUCAUUUUGGUCUCAGCAGAGCUCUCAGAUCGAUCAAAUUAACGAUAAAGACGAUUAUUAACCACCGGACCCUGAGAUAUAAGGAUCCCUCCACACUUGCCACCAAUGACUGACAGAUAACAGACAACCGGAAAUCCAUUAAAACGUCUGCAUGUAUUGGAGAGAGAGCGAGAAAGGUGUAGUGAAAGCAGUAACAGGCGUCGAUUGCGUGCAAUUUAUAAUUUAAACCAUGACAUGAUUCAUGGUAGACAGAGGAAAUUAAGCAACACGCCGUGGCUUAUUAUGAAUAGUGAUGAUACCCAGCAUCGAAUAUUUUGCCUUCAAAUUUUCAUCAAUCAACUUAAACAUUGUGCUCAAAGUUUGAACAUCAAAUUUGACUGAUCCAUGCUUCACUUUUAAAUGCUCAAGUUACAGCAAAAGUUUGUCAGGUUCUGUUACAACAACAGUGACUAUGCAGAGUGUGGUAAUAGUAUUACUACUACGAUGAGUUAUACAUUUAUCUACAACUAAUUCACAACAAAAGAUAAUCACCACUUGGUUUACUCGUCACACGUAAUCAUAACCUUCAUCAUUACCUGUCAAACUCGCUGUAUUAUGCUCUCUCUGCGUAUUAUCAAAAUCAAAGUGCAACAAGUUUUUGCUCAGCUUUGACCUUAAUUUCGUUGAGAAAAAACGGCUCGGUUUUAUUAUCUGAUUUAUCGUCCCAAGUCCAUUUGAGCACUCCAAAAUAGAUAUCAACAAGUUUGAUUGCCUGCCUGUUGGAGUCAUAGGAUUUCUCCGGUCAGACUAUUAUAAUCAUUAAGUUGUUCAAGAAUCGACAUAAAUUUUCGUUUCGUCAUAAAUCCAAGGUUCAAGUCAAUACUAUACGGGCUAUAAUUAAAACAGUUUGUGAUUUUCCGAAUGUGAUAAAAUAAUGUUUAAAAAACAUUUAUAAUUUUAAUAAUCGUCAUUGUGUAUUUUAUGUGUGAACGUUAAUGGUUUUUAUCUAAUUACUUUAUGCUGAAUUGUAGUCGAUUGUGUGAAGCUACAGUCAAAGGCACAAUUUUUUGUGAAGUUUUGUAGCUUAGAAAAAUUUACUGAUAUACUCAAAAACUUUAAACCUGAGAAUUACACUUAACUAAUCUAAUAAUAAUUAUUACUGCAAAAAUACACGAAUACCGAUUCCUAUUAAUAACUAAAUAAGUACACGUCCUCGUCUUCCUAAGUAGCAAUAAUUAUUUUUAUGUCCACAACCGUGUGCGGUAGUUUGUUCAUAUUGUCUGUCAGAAGUGGACAAGCACUGUUCGGCAAUGUCAUUCCAUUCGAACGCCAUGAGCUCAAGACAUCACGAGUCUGACGAUGAGGGAAGUUGUGAUAGCAGCAGUACUGGGGUGGUUGUGAGCGGAGGGGGGGCCUCCGUGCCACCUCCUUCGAACCCCCCUCUCCCCCCACCACGUGGAAAAGCGAAGAAGAGGUCGGGGAGGUCAGAUUGGGAGAUUCUCGAGGGAUUGAAGGAGGGGCAGACGUAUGACCGCAUUCCAAAAAAAUUCGAGGGAUUCAUCCUCAAAAAACGGAAAUGGCCCUUGAAAGGCUACCACAAGAGAUAUUUCAUGUUGGAAAAGGGGGUGAUAGUCUAUGGAAAAAGUGGAUGGGACAUUGCACGGGGUAAAAUUCAUGGGAGUCUGGAUACUGGAUUAUCCGUUAUAACGACGAAACCUCGAGAUGGUCGAGUAGACAUUGACGCUGAAGAUUGUAUCUACCAUUUGAAAAUCAAACCCAAAGAGACGUACAUGGAAUGGCUGGAACAAUUAAAGCAACAUCGAUUGUACAGGCAACAUGUACUUUCAUUCAAGGACUUGUCGUCCCCAGUGGAAGAUAUCGUGUCCCCAACAACGCCUUCAGGAGAUGGAAAAGACAUCGACAAGGAAUUAAAUUUACUUUCCAAGGAUUUGAGUCACCUUCAAGGAAUUCUUGAUGCUAUUCCUCAUUCCAAAAAGGAUAAAGAUGAUGACAAUAAGCGGGAUUAUCUCGUUCUUGCAAAAGAGGUUCUGGUUAACCUUAAUAACGUUCGAGGGAUGCUUAGAACUAUGGGAAAUAAUGAUGGAGGAUCUACAACUUUGCGUUUAGCAUUAAAUCAAGCACUGCAACAGAACGCAGAGUUAAAGUCGAGACUCGCGAGAAUUCAUCGAGACUCUGCAUUUGAAACUUCCAACUUUUCAAUCGCUCCAGCAAAUUCGGACACUAUGAAGUCAUACAGCAGCUCAAUGUCAAACUCAGAAUACUAUGACGCUAUGGACAACAACAAGGAUGACCGAACAUCUUCGGACGAAGAAAGUUUCUCGUCUGAAGGAGAAGGUGAAGCUGACUCAAUUAACAGCGAAACAUCCGAAAAUUCUAAGUUUGAUCAAUCUACAGCCAAUUCACACGGUUCCGAAAUAAAGUCAAUAUCUGGCGCCAGUAGUAGUAAUGGUGCUUCUGACUUACCAAUAGAGCCCAUUGUUCGGGAAGAACGAAGGACAAAGUUGCCCGUUGCGGCACCAUCUGGUUCUGAAGUUCCUUCGUUAUGGGGGAUUCUUCGAAAAAACAUUGGAAAGGAUUUGUCCCGUAUUUCCAUGCCUGUAGCCUUAAACGAACCACUAGGAGUUUUGCAAAGGAUGUGUGAAGAAUUGGAAUACAGCGAACUUCUGGAUAAUGCUAGUAAAGAAAGUGAUCCCAUAGAGCGGAUGGCCAUGAUUGCAGCAUUUGCAGUUUCCGGCUAUGCUACCGCAUACUACCGGUCCCACAAACCGUUCAACCCGCUUCAUGGGGAGACAUUUGAGUGUGUUCGUGAGGACAAAGGAUUUCGAUUUAUAAGUGAACAGGUGUCCCAUCAUCCACCAGUGAGUGCAGGUCAUGCGGAAGGGCGAGGCUGGAUGUUCUGGGAAGAAAUUCAACCAAAGACUAAGUUUUGGGGAAAGUCAAUGGAAAUUCAACCAAUAGGAGAAAAUCACAUUAUUCUUCCAAAGUGGGGUGAACAUUAUUCAUACAAUAAAGCCACGACGUGUGUGCAUAACGUUUUUUCGCCUCCGAGUCGAUGGGUUGAUUUAUAUGGCGAAGUUGUUAUUGCUUCUGGUUCGAUUACUUGUAACCUUACAUUUGUCAAGGUUUCCUAUUGGUCAGCCAAGAAAAAUGAAGUUUUUGGAACUAUUGUGAAUAGCGAAGGGGUUACAUUACGAAAUCUUUAUGGACAUUGGAAUGAAGCGUUCUAUGUAGGACAAUCACCUAACGCUAGAUGCAUUUGGAGAUUAGCUAAUAUGCCAGACGACCAUAACCGAUAUUAUGGAUUUUCGCGAUUCGCGAUUGAAUUAAAUGAAUUGACUCCUCAACUUCGAGAAAGACUUCCAAUUACAGAUACUCGAUUUAGACCAGAUCAACGUCUUCUUGAAGAAGGGAAUCUGAGUGAAGCAGAAGCCAUGAAACUUCAAAUAGAGCAGAUGCAGAGAGAUCGACGAAAACAAAGAGAGGAAGAAAACAAACCAAUUGUCCCGUCCUGGUUUAGAAAAUCAAAUAAUAACAGCCGUAGUGGGGACGAGCAAUGGGAAUUUACCGGAGAAUAUUGGGAACUACGGAAGAACGGCUUCAGGAAAAUAGAACCUUUGUGGUAAACUAUUGUACAUUGAGUACCUGGUCUAAUUUUAGUGUUUACGAAAAGAAAAAAAUGAUACUUGUAUCUGUAGCUUCCUAUUCAUCAAUUCGAUGAUAAUUAUUCAACGUAUUUUAGUCUGUAGGCUGCCUUCCAACAGUUUUUUGACGAAAUUAUCAGUGUUCCUUUCUAUGUAAUGCGCAAAUCUUAAAAUUGGGAAAGGACUGAAAAUAGUUGAAUUAUGUGACUAUCCCAAUGAAUAUUAAACAUGAUUUCAAUGUGAUUAAAGAAGAGAAGUGCCUCUGGAAUUCAGUACCGAUAAAAAAAGUGAACGCCUUUAUAUAGAUUAUAGGGUACCCUUUUAAACAGAAUGGCGAGUAUACAUAUAUAUAAUUUAUAGGUUGUGCAAAACUGUCCAAUAGGUGCUCUUUCUGUGGUAUUGAAUAUUAUGUAUUGCAUGAAAAUGUAACUUGUAUUUGUGGUUGCUGUCCAUUGAAGGAGGAAAAAGAGUCUUUAUUAUUUGUAGAAACAUGGCUUACUUAAAUUAUAUUACAAACGAACAAUAAACUAUUGACGAUCAAAUU